CCCACCCUGAAAGACGGAUGUGAGUUCUUCGUUCGGUCUGGAACUGGAUUGUGCCGCUUUGUAACGUGAGGACAGGCCGUAACCUCCCACUGCUGUGUCAGCCCGGCUGUGCGACAUCUGAGGUGGGAUGGAGCAGCUUCAGCACACCGUGCCACUUGUCAAUUCCUCCUUCUAUCAGCCUUCCACCUUCCUCCUGACGGGCUUUCCGGGGCUGGAAGCCAAUCACCACUGGAUCUCCAUCCCUUUCUGCAUGUUCUAUCUUGUCGGCCUUUCAGGGAACUGCCUGAUCCUGAUCAUCAUCAAGAAGACCCAAAGUCUUCAUAAGCCUACGUACUACUUCCUUUCCAUGCUGGCCGUGAUGGACCUGGGCUUGGCUUUGUGUACCCUUCCUACCACGCUGGGCAUCUUUUGGUUUAAGAUCAGAAAAAUUGAGUUCAAUGCCUGUCUCACCCAGAUGUAUUUUAUCCAUAUACUGUCAGUGAUGGAAUCCUCGGUGCUCCUAGCCAUGGCCUUCGAUCGUUUCAUCGCUAUCUCCAACCCUCUGAGAUAUUCGUCCAUCUUGACCAAGCCAACCAUCAUAAAAAUAGGGCUGGCAAUUGUUUCAAGAGCUGUGAUCUCCCUCUUCCCAAUACCCUUUCUGCUCAAGAGGCUAACCUACUGUGGGAACAAUGUGCUUUCCCACUCAUUUUGCUUUCACCCUGAUAUCAUGAAGUUGGCCUGCGCAGAUAUAAAAGUCAACAUCCUGUAUGGUUUAAUUGUCAUUCUUUCAACGGUGGGUGUGGAUUUUGUGUUCAUUGUGCUAUCAUAUGUUCUGAUCAUUAAGACUGUGGUCAGCCUCACGACCAAGGAAAAAUGUCUCAAGGCUUUGAACACAUGUGUCUCCCAUAUCUGUGCCGUCCUAAUCUUCUUCAUCCCAAUGAUUGGACUGUCCGUUCUCCAUCGCUGUGGUGACAAUGUUCCCCCUAUGCUUAACAUUGUGGUGGGCUAUAUCUACCUUAUUGUGCCCCCCGUCUUAAAUCCUAUCAUAUACAGUGUCAAAUCCAAACUGAUCCGCAGAGCCAUGCUCAGAACACUGUGUUGGAAAAAUGAGUCAAUGUGACAGACUUUCACCAUCAGGUUUCACCUAAUUCAGGUGAAUUGCUUCAUCAUGUUAAAUCAAAGGGGGCCCUGUGCUUGGCCAGAAGAAGAAAACUGCAAUUCCCCUUGGACGUUGUAUCCCAGCGCAUGUUGUGUUCUUCCAUUUCCUCCUAGAAUCGCCCCCACUCCCCUGCCAGCUUCAUCAAACCUAAGGCCCUGAUUGCCGGGGUCUGCAAGAAAGGUGGG